AUGCAGAUUCAGCUAACGAGGCAGUUUAAAGCUGAUAAAAAGGCAGAAAUCACAAAAAUUACUAAACAAGAACAAGAAAGACUGGACAGGGAAGAAGAGAUCAGAACUUUGGCACUAGAGAUGAGGAGAAGAGAGCGAGAGAAAAGACAUCGGGAAAGGGAAGAGGAGGAGAAAGAGAGACGACAACGGAGAAAAAGCCGGCGUUCUGAUAAAGGUAGCCAAAGUGGCAGUGACGAUGAUAGUGUUGCUAGCAGCCACGUCUCUAGGAGUGUCAGCACAGAGGGGAGUCCAGGCUCAGACAAUAGCCCAGAGAAGGAGAAGGAGGUGGAUAGAGUGAAAGUAGACAGAAAACCUGUGGAUAAACCGACGGACAGUGGUAAGGAAGAGAGGAGGAGAGGGCCUCCACCAGCUACACACUCACCAGAUGAGAGACGGAAAUCUGACGAACGGAGGUGGGAGGGGAGGAGUGAUCGAAGCAGGUGGAAUGAAGAUGAGGAUCGAGACAAGGUGAGAGGAUCAAGAGGUGGGAGGUGGGAUGGUCCAUCUCGUCCACCCUCAUCACGAUGGAGUGACAGAAACUGGGGAGCUGAAUCUAGCAGGUUUGAGAGAAGACAUGAGGAUUGGAACGAUGAACAUCGUCCUAGAAGGCCCCCUCCAGGUGCAUAUCGAUCUAGAGGUGUCAGGCCAGUGGUACCAAGGUCCAGAUCUCCACUCAUGGCAAGGCCAAGGGUACCAAGUGACCCGAGAUUGUUAGAAGAACCUUUGGACUUUGACUGA